CUCGAAGAUGCAGCUCAAACCGAUGGAGAUUAACCCCGAGAUGCUGAACAAAGUGCUGGCCCGGUUAGGGGUCGCCGGCCAGUGGCGCUUCGUGGAUGUGCUGGGGCUGGAGGAGGAGACUCUGGGCUCUCUGCCAGCGCCUGCCUGCGCCCUCCUGCUGCUCUUUCCCCUGACGGCUCAGCAUGAGAAUUUCAGGAAAAAACAGAUUGAAGAACUGAAGGGACAAGAAGUUAGUCCUAAAGUGUAUUUCAUGAAGCAGACCAUUGGGAACUCCUGUGGUACAAUCGGACUUAUACAUGCAGUGGCCAAUAAUCAGGACAAACUGGAGUUUGAGAAUGGGUCAGUCCUGAAACAGUUUCUUUCUGAAACGGAGAAGAUGUCCCCUGAAGACAGAGCAAAAUGCUUUGAAAAGAAUGAGGCCAUUCAGGCAGCCCAUGAUGCUGUGGCACUGGAAGGCCAGUGUCGGGUAGAUGACAAAGUGAACUUUCAUUUUAUUCUGUUCAACAACGUGGAUGGCCACCUCUAUGAACUUGAUGGACGAAUGCCUUUUCCAGUAAACCAUGGCACCAGUUCACAGGACUCCCUACUGCAGGAUGCUGCCAAGGUCUGCAGAGAAUUCACUGAGCGUGAGCAAGGGGAGGUCCGCUUUUCCGCCGUGGCCCUCUGCAAGGCAGCCUGA